UAAAGAGGAGCGCGAGAGUGGCUGUGUAGUGGUGAAGUGCGUGAGAAAGGUAAGGGCGGUGGCUGCAGGGGCAGGCCAAGAAGAAGAAGAAGAGGUAGUGGCAGCAGAGGUUGCUAAACUGACUGUCUGAGUAACGAAGGGCGCUGCUGAGUAGUUGCACCCAUUGUAACUUGGCUGCGACCCAGAGGGAAGGAGAAAGAGGAGGAGUUAGGGAAGGCGGGGCCCUUGGUGGCGGCGGCGGCGGCAUGAGCGCGAGUGCGCAGGCGCGGGUCCCGGUGGCUCGCGGCGACUGGAGCGCGCACAUCCCGGACUCGCAGUCGUCUGCUCUUCCUCGGCCGGAGCAGCAGAAGCAGCAGCAGCAGCCGAAGCAGGAGGUGGGAGCAGUGCCCCGCGCCUCGGAGCCCGACAGCAUCAUGCCGGUAACGGAGAAGGACCUGGCGGAGGACGCGCCCUGGAAGCGGAUCCAGCAGAACACCUUCACCCGCUGGUGCAACGAGCACCUCCGCUGCGUGAACAAGCGCAUCGGGAACCUGCAGUGCGACCUGAGCGACGGGCUGCGCCUGAUCGCGCUCCUGGAGGUGCUCAGCCAGAAGCGCAUGUACCGCAAGUACCACCAGCGCCCCACCUUCCGGCAGAUGCAGCUGGAGAACGUCUCCGUCGCCCUGGAGUUCCUCGAGAGGGAGAACAUCAAGCUCGUCUCCAUCGACAGUAAAGCUAUUGUUGAUGGGAACUUGAAACUAAUCCUAGGGUUGGUAUGGACCCUUAUCCUCCAUUAUUCAAUCUCUAUGCCCGUUUGGGAAGAUGAAGGAGAUGAUGAUGCCAAGAAACAGACUCCAAAACAGAGACUCUUGGGAUGGAUUCAGAACAAAAUCCCGUAUUUGCCAAUUACAAACUUUAACCAAAACUGGCAAGAUGGCAAAGCGCUGGGUGCCCUUGUUGAUAGCUGUGCUCCUGGUCUUUGCCCUGAUUGGGAAACCUGGGACCCUAAGAAGCCGGUCGACAAUGCCCGUGAAGCCAUGCAGCAAGCAGAUGACUGGCUGGGUGUACCUCAGGUCAUCACUCCAGAAGAAAUCAUACAUCCUAAUGUGGAUGAGCAUUCUGUCAUGACGUACUUGUCACAGUUCCCCAAAGCCAAGCUGAAACCAGGUGCUCCUCUGAAACCUAAACUUAAUCCAAAGAAGGCAAGAGCAUAUGGCAGAGGAAUUGAACCACAUGGAAAUAUGGUGAAGCAGCCUGCCAAAUUUACUGUAGACACGAUCAGCGCUGGCCAGGGUGAAGUCAUGGUUUUUAUAGAAGACCCAGAAGGCAACAGAGAAGAGGCCAUGGUGUCUCCAGAAAAUGACAAGAACAAGACCUAUGCUGUUCAAUAUGUGCCAAAGGUUACAGGACCACACAAGGUUACAGUCCUGUUUGCUGGCCAGCAUAUUUCAAAGAGCCCGUUUGAAGUCAAUGUUGACAAAGCACAGGGAGAUGCCAGCAAAGUAACAGCCAAAGGGCCAGGCUUGGAAGUAACAGGAAAUAUAGCCAAUAAACCUACUUAUUUUGACAUUUAUACAGCAGGAGCGGGUGUUGGUGAUAUAGACAUAGAUGUUGAAGACCCUCAAGGGAAGAACAUUGCUGAAGUUAUGCUAGAAGACAAAGGGAAUCAGGUGCACCGCUGUGUGUACAAGCCUCUUCAAGCUGGCCCUCACACUAUUAGAGUGACGUUUGCUGGAGAAGAAGUUCCAAAAAGCCCUUGGGGAAUUGUUGUUGGUGAAGCCUGCAAUCCAAAUGCCUGCCGUGCCAGCGGCAGAGGCCUCCAACCUAAAGGAGUUCGGAUCAGAGAAACCGCAGACUUCAAGGUUGAUACUAAAGCCGCAGGGAGUGGAGAUAUCCAUGUUGCAGUAAGAGGGCCAAAGGGCUUAGAGGAACUUGUGAAACAAAAGGAAUUCAUGGAUGGUGUAUAUUCGUUUGAAUAUUACCCAGUAACUCCAGGAAAAUACAUGGCGACAAUAUUGUGGGGAGGCCAUAACAUCCCCAAAAGCCCUUUUGAAGUUCAAGUAGGUCCUGAAGCAGGCCCGCAAAAAGUAAGAGCUUGGGGACCAGGUCUUCAUGAAGGAGUUGUUGGUAAAUCUGCUGACUUUGUGGUAGAAUCCAUUGGUCCAGAAGUUGGAUCGCUUGGUUUUGCCAUUGAAGGCCCGUCUCAGGCAAAAAUUGAAUGCGAUGAUCAGAAUGAUGGCUCAUGUGAUGUGAAAUACUGGCCCAAGGAGCCUGGUGAAUAUGCCAUCCACGUCAUGUGUGAUGAUGAAGACAUCAAAGACAGUCCCUACAUGGCUUCCAUCCAACCAGCUUCUCCAAACUUGGACUCCGACAAGGUAAAAGCCUAUGGCCCAGGGUUGGAGAGAACGGGUUGUAUUGUGAACAAUCCCGCAGAGUUUACAGUUGACACAAAGGAAGGUGGCAGUGCUCCCCUGAAGAUAUAUGCACAAGAUGGGGAUGGAAAUCCUAUUGAUAUCCAAAUGAAGAGCAAGCCAGAUGGCAUCUAUGCCUGCUCGUAUGUUCCCACAAAGCCAAUCAAGCACACAGUUGCUGUUACUUGGGGAGGAGCAAACGUGCCUAAUAGUCCUUACAGAGUCCAGAUUGGCCAAGGCAGCCAUCCCUACAAGGUGAAAGUUAUUGGACCAGGAGUGGAGAGAACUGGACUAAAAGCUAAUGAGCCUACUCACUUCACAGUAGACUGCACAGAAGCAGGAGAAGGUGAUGUGAACGUUGGCAUCAAAUGUGAUGCUAAUGUCAUAAAUGAAGAAGAACAAGACAUAGACUUUGGCAUCAUACCUAAUGCUAAUGAUACAUUCACAGUGAAAUAUACGCCUCCUGCAGCUGGACGCUACACUGUCAAAGUGCUUUUUGCUGGAGAGGAAAUCCCUACUAGCCCUUUCAGAGUGAAAGUGGAACCUUCACAUGAUGCAAGCAAAGUGAAAGCUGAAGGGCCUGGUCUCAGCAAAACAGGUGUGGAAAAUGGGAAGCCUACACACUUCAAUGUCUUCACAAAAGGUGCUGGGAAGGCCCCUCUUGAUGUCCAGUUCAAUGGACCAAUGGCAGGAGAUGCUGUCAAAGAUCUUGACAUCAUUGACAACUAUGAUUAUUCUCACACUGUGAGAUACACUCCAAUACAGCAGGGAAACAUGGAUAUUCUGGUGAAUUAUGGUGGUGAUUCCAUCCCAAGAAGUCCUUUCACUGUUGGUGUUGCUGCUCCACUUGAUCUGAGCAAAAUUAAGCUUAAUGGUCUGGAAAAUCGAGUUGAAGUAGGAAGGGACCAAGAAUUUCUGAUUGACACAAAAGGAGCUGGUGGACAGGGCAAACUGGAUGUCUCGAUCUUCAGCCCUACCAGGAAAGCUGUGCCGUGCUUAGUGGAGCCAGUGGUAGGCAAAGAGUGUUGCACAGCAAAGUAUAUCCCAAAGGAAGAAGGGCUUCAUGUGGUUGAUGUAAAUUAUGAUGGGAAUCCAGUUCCAGGAAGCCCUUAUACAGUGGAGGCCACUCUGCCACCUGAUCCCACCAAAGUGAGAGCCUACGGUCCUGGUCUUGAGGGUGGUCUUGUCGGAAAGCCUGCAGAAUUCACAAUCGACACCAAAGGAGCUGGAACCGGUGGCCUGGGACUGACAGUUGAAGGACCGUGUGAAGCUAAAAUAGAGUGCUCUGAUAAUGGUGAUGGAACAUGCUCAGUCUCUUACUUGCCAACAAAACCAGGUGAAUACCUUGUCAACAUUCUUUUUGAAGAGGUCCAUAUUCCUGGCUCUCCCUUCAAAGCAGAUGUUGAAAUGCCAUUUGAUGUUUCCAAAGUAAUUGCCACUGGUCCUGGACUUGAACAUGGUAAAGUAGGUGAGGCCGGAUUGCUAAAUGUGGACUGUUCCGAAGCUGGGCCUGGGAAACUGGAUAUGGAGGCUGUGUCAGACUCUGGUUCGAAAGCAGAUGUUGACGUUCAGGAUAAUAAUGAUGGUACCUAUGCAGUCACAUAUGUACCUGUUUCUGCUGGGAUGCAUACACUCAAAAUGAAGUAUGGUGGAGAACCGGUACCAAACUUUCCGGCACGGGUCAAGGUUGAUCCAGCUGUGGACACAAGCAAAAUCCAAGUGUAUGGACCAGGCAUCGAAGGAAAAGAUGUCUUCCGAGAAGCAACAACAGAUUUCACUGUGGAUGCUAGUCCUUUGACCAAAACUGGUGGAGAUCAUAUCAAAGCACAAAUUACAAAUCCCUCUGGAGCUUCCACAGACUGCCUUAUAAAAGACAACGCAGAUGGGACAUAUGCUGCAGAGUUCACUCCAUAUGAAAAAGGCCCUCAUACUGUUGACGUGACAUAUGAUGAUGUUCCCGUGUUAAACAGUCCUUUCAGAGUUGAUGUCACAGAGGGAUGUCAUCCUUCACGUGUCGAGGCCCGAGGACCUGGGCUACAGGAAGCCCUCACAAAUAAACCCAACCCAUUCACUGUUAUCACUCGAGGGGCUGGAAUUGGUGGCCUUGGAAUAACUGUUGAAGGGCCUUCAGAAUCCAAGAUAAGCUGUAAAGAUAACAAAGAUGGCAGCUGUAGUGCAGAAUAUAUUCCAUAUGUUCCAGGGGACUAUGAUGUCAACAUAACCUAUGGAGGUGAACAUAUCCCUGGAAGUCCAUUCAAGGUUCCUGUAAAAGAUGUCAUUGACCCCUACAAAGUGAAAGUUUUGGGACCAGGCCUGGGAACAGCAGUUCGUGCCAAAAUUCCCCAGGCCUUUACUGUGGACACCAGUAAGGCUGGAAUUGCACCACUUGAGGUUGCUGUCACAGCUCCCAGAGCUGAUGAGCCGGAUUCCCAGUCAUGGCGCAGUCCACUGAAAGCCAUUUCAGAGUUCUUUAAAGGUGACCCACGGGUUGAAUCUAAUGAGACAGGCCUGGCAGAACCUGUGAGCGUAGUUGACAAUGGUGAUGGCACUCAUACAGUAGCAUACACGCCUACGCAGGAGGGCCCUUAUACAAUUGCAGUAAAAUAUGCAGAUGAAGAGAUCCCUAGAAGCCCAUUCAAAGUGAAGGUGCUUCCUACAUAUGAAGCCAGUAAAGUGACUGCUAGUGGGCCUGGCCUCAAUGCCCAUGGGGUCCAAGCAAGUAUGCCUGCUGAUUUCGUUGUUGAUGCUAGAGAUGCUGGUCAAGGACUUCUCUCAGUAAAUGUAGCUGACCAAGAUGGCAAACCAAAGAAGGCAGAUAUCCAUGACAACAAUGAUGGCACUUACGCAGUAACGUACAUUCCUGACAAGACGGGUCGAUAUUCUGUUGGCAUUAAAUAUGGUGGGGAUGAUAUACCUCUUUCUCCUUACCGAGUUCGUGUAUCACCAGCUGGAGAUGCCAGCAAGUGUCUAGCAACAGGUCCUGGCAUUGCAGCCACAGUGAAGACAGGAGAAGAAGUUGGCUUUGUAGUAGAUGCUAAAUCUGCGGGCAAGGGCAAAGUGACAUGCACUGUACUGACACCAGAUGGCACGGAAGCCGAAGCAGAGGUCAUUGAAAAUGAAGAUGGAACAUAUGACAUUUAUUAUACAGCUGUUAAUCCAGGAACCUAUGUAAUUUAUGUCCGCUUUGGUGGAGUGGAUAUUCCGAACAGCCCCUUCACUGUUGUGGCUACAGAUCCAGAUGAAGUUGCAGUAUUGUCUCAGGAACCACUAAAUGCAGCCUGUCCCCCUGGAUUCCAGCCCUGGGUCACAGAAGAAGCUUAUGUACCUGAUGGUGCCAUGAAUGGUUUGGGAUUUAAACCCUUUGAUAUGGUCAUUCCUUUUGCAGUAAGAAAAGGAGAAAUAACUGGGGAAGUCCACAUGCCCUCAGGGAAAACCGCAACAGCUGACAUUAUGGAUAACAAGGAUGGCACGGUCACAGUCAGAUAUGCUCCUGUUGAGGUUGGAUUGCAUGAAAUGCAUAUCAAAUACAUGGGCAACCAUAUUCCAGAGAGCCCUCUACAAUUCUAUGUCAACUAUCCAAACAGUGGAAAUGUGACUGCAUAUGGACCUGGCCUUGUCUAUGGUGUAGCAAACAAACCGGCAACUUUUACCAUAGUCACAGAAGAUGCUGGUGAAGGUGGCUUGGAUUUGGCAAUUGAGGGUCCUUCAAAAGCGGAGAUCAGUUGCAUUGAUAAUAAGGAUGGUACUUGCACAGUCACUUACCUGCCAACUCUUCCAGGAAAUUAUAGCAUCUUAGUCAAGUACAAUGAGAAACAUAUUGCAGGAAGCCCGUUUAUUGCCAAAAUCACAGAUGACAAUAGAAGGCGUUCCCAAGUUAAGCUUGGCUCUGCUGCUGAUUUCUUGCUGGACAUUAAUGAGACUGAUCUGAGCCUCUUGACCGCCCAUAUUAAAGCACCAUCUGGCAGAGAUGAGCCUUGUCUUCUGAAAAGACUACCCAAUAACCACAUUGGUAUCUCAUUCAUUCCACGGGAAGUGGGAGAGCACUUGGUCAGUAUUAUGAAGAAUGGAAGUCAUGUACCAAACAGCCCGGUGUCUAUUAUGGUGGUUCAGUCUGAGAUUGGUGAUGCGAACAGAGCGAGAGUUUAUGGACGUGGCUUGGUGGAAGGGCGCACAUUUGAAAUGUGUGACUUCAUUGUAGAUACAAGAGAAGCAGGUUAUGGUGGGAUAUCACUAGCAGUGGAAGGACCGAGCAAAGUGGAUAUCCAAACAGAAGAUCUAGAUGAUGGGACUUGCAGGGUGUCAUACUUCCCAACGGUUCCUGGUGUUUACAUAGUGUCAACUAAAUUUGCUGAUGAGCACAUCCCAGGGAGUCCAUUCACAGUUAAAGUAAGUGGUGAAGGAAGAGUGAAGGAAAGCAUCACCCGUGCACGAAGGGCUCCGUCUGUGGCCACCGUUGGAAGCUUGUGUGAUCUCAACUUAAAGAUUCCAGAAAUUGAUAUUGGUGACAUGUCCGCUAGGGUAACUAGCCCAUCAGGGAGAACUACAGACGCAGAAAUUGUAGAGCAUGAUAAAAACACAUACUGUGUCCGCUUUGUGCCACAAGAAAUGGGAGUCCAUACCGUUGAUGUGAAAUACAGAGGGCAGCAUGUGCCAGGCAGUCCGUUCCAAUUCACUGUUGGGCCACUUGGUGAAGGAGGAGCUCAUAAAGUCAGAGCUGGUGGGCCAGGACUUGAAAGAGCAGAGGCAGGCAUCCCAGCUGAAUUCAGCAUAUGGACAAGAGAAGCUGGAGCUGGAGGGCUUUCUAUUGCUGUAGAAGGCCCAAGCAAAGCAGAAAUCACUUUUGAAGAUCAUAAGGAUGGCUCUUGUGGUGUAUCAUAUACUGCUCAAGAACCUGGUAACUACGAGGUGUCCGUCAAAUUCAAUGAUGAGCAUAUUCCUGAGAGCCCCUACUUGGUUCCUGUGAUAGCUCCUUCAGAUGAUGCGCGUAGGCUCACUGUUAUGAGCCUUCAGGAGUCUGGGUUGAAAGUUAACCAGCCAGCAGCCUUCGCAAUUAGACUUAAUGGGGCAAAGGGCAAGAUUGAUGCUAAAGUGCACAGCCCAAUUGGAGCUGUAGAAGAGUGUCAUGUUUCUGAACUGGAGCAAGAUAAAUACGCUGUACGGUUCAUCCCACGUGAAAAUGGUAUUCAUUCUAUUGAUGUGAAGUUCAACGGGAGCCAUGUUGUAGGCAGUCCUUUCAAAGUCAGAGUUGGAGAACCAGGUCAGGUCGAAAGCCCAGCUCUUGUUACUGCCUAUGGCCCAGGCCUUGAAAGCGGCACAACAGGAUUGCAGUCUAUGUUUACUAUAGACACCACCAAAGCUGGCCCAGGUACCCUUGCUGUUACCAUUGAGGGCCCAUCGAAGGUGAAAAUGGAUUGCCAGGAAGCUCCAGAGGGCUACAAUGUCAUGUACACUCCUAUGGCUCCAGGAAACUACUUAAUUGGAGUUAAAUAUGGAGGCCCUAAUCACAUAGCUGGUAGCCCUUUCAAGGCAAAAGUGACAGGUCAGCGAUUGGUUAGCCCAGGCGUCUCAAAUGAAAUGUCUUCUAUCAUGGUGGAGUCUGUCACCAGGUCAACAACUGAUACCUGCUACAGUGCCAUUCCCAAAUCUUCAUCUGAUGCAAGCAAAGUCACCUCCAGAGGGGCAGGGCUUUCUAGAGCUUUUGUGGGCCAGAAAAAUUCUUUCUCCGUUGAUGGCAGCAAAGCAGGUUCAAAUAUGUUGUUGGUUGGAGUUCAUGGACCAACAACACCUUGUGAAGAAGUAUCUGUGAAACACUUGGGAAACCACCAGUACAAUGUAACAUACGUUGUGAAGGAGAAGGGUGACUACAUUCUGGCUGUAAAAUGGGGUGAAGAACACAUUCCCGGAAGCCCGUUCCAUGUUACUGUUCCCUAAGUUCACCUCUUUUCAAAAGAUACUACUUUCUACAAAUGAAAUUGUACAUUGCAAUACUGUGAGCGCUCCUACAAGAAAUGUAAUGCACAUUUUUAAUGUUCCCCCUAUUAAAUUCAUUGUGUUUAAAGUACCCCUUUCUAUUGUCUUACGUAUCACUGCUAUCCAGUGUGCUCCUAUGGUCACGUUCCAACUCUACCUUUCUGAAUCAGUACAAAAUCAUGUAAUACUGAAGGAUAUGCUGUCUUUUUGUUUUGUGGAUUUUAGAUUUUACAAACUGGAAUUUGUCUUGGAUGAUUGGGUAUCUUAAACUACUGACUUGCGAUGGGUGUUUUUAGACUGGAAACAUUUCAUUUAGUUGUAGAAUAUCACGUUGGCAUUUGCCAGUUAAAGGUUCAUCUGUAAAGAAAUGAGGUUAAAGUGGUACUUAAUGUGCCUUUGUAUACUUGACUUGUUUUUUUAGUACCUGAUAAUGAAAAUUCAAAAUCAUGUUACAGCCGAACACUAAAAGGUUUUACAGGAUGCUUGGCUGUUUACAUUUGGAGGAAAUUAGAACUGUUUGCCUUUUUUUCCUUAAAGGGACUCAAAAGAGGGCCUUGGGCUGUUUCCAGAAGCCUUUAUUAUUGUUCUUAUGGUGGUGGCUUGCUUUUAAUUAUGAUGGUUCUUGACUGGAUGCCAAAUUAGGGUGACGUUCUCACACAGAGGGAUGCACCUUGCUGAGUGCUCAAGAUCAGUUGUGAUGCCCUCAAUACAACCUGCAAUAAGUCUUACUGCAAAGGAUUGCUGACUGUUUCUGCCCAUUGAAUGUUCAGGAAACGCAGAUUGGCUGUAUUGAAAAAAUUCUUAAUUUCCACAGGUGCUUAGUCCAGUCCAGUAAAAAAGUAUAUUGGGAUUCAAGCAUCAUAAUAUCAAGUAAUGGCUAUGUGAAAACGAAUCUCAGCAGUUAACCAUUAAAUGACUCUGGAUGUUUUUGGGUUAGUUAAUAAGUCAAAUUAAGUUCAUGCACAGAUGUUGAAUCCCCUUCUUUGUUUUGGCAGAAGGACAUGAGUACAUAGCUGUUCUAACAUUCAGAAUGUCAAAAAAGGUCUCAAGUAUCUAUUUCAAUGGUUAUACAAAUUUUCCAAUUUUUUAAGCAGAAUUUUCUCAGCUUUACAUGGUGGUCAAUGGAGGAAAAGAUUUAAUUGCAAGUGACUUAGUUCCUUUCCCUGUUUAGUAAAAAAUUCUCCUGGGUCAACUUUAUUUUUGUAGUUUGUAUAUCAGUGAACUAAGUUAAGCACAGCUUCUUGGAGGGGAAAUAAAGUAACAGGAUUUUAACUGUGCUGUGUGCCUUAAUGUGAAAUACUCACAACAUUGUAAACUAUUAAGUAAAAGCAAAAUAAACUGGAAUAAAUGCAGGAUUGUAAUAUUGUAUCUCAUAACUUAUUAAAAUCGUGACUGUUUGCUUCAUGAAAUAAAAUGUGCAUGUUAACAAACAAA